UGAAUGGGUUCAAACAGCAUGUAACAAGUAAAGUCAUAUGCUACUUUGAUUUAUUCAUGUGGAUUUUAACACCCAGGAUGAUCUUUGAUUAAGAGUUUAGUGAUGGCGUGGAGAAAAUACGCAAAACACAGAGAAAGGGGAGAACCAGGGAGUCUGUGUUCCGCGCCAUUGAAAUGCAAAUAUGAGUGAGGAACAAGAAGAGGUUGUGUGUCUCUGUUUGUGUGUGCCUGCAUAGGGGAGCGGGGGAGGUGUGGCGCAAGUUUUGGACAGCGAGAGAGACUACUUUAGGAAAACAGCCACACACGCACUCUCCGCAGCUCAUAUGACGGCGCAUUUAUAGGGAUUUAUGCCACUCUUUGAUUUCUUCAGUGCAAGGGACCAACGAGCUAUACCGUUGUCUAGAUGCCAUUUAGAAAUUCAAAAUUUCCUGAAAUGUGAGUUUGGAUUCUGGAACGUGAAGCCUACAAGUGCGUACAGUGGCCAGUGUUAUUUAUUCGGCGAAUGCCCCCCUUCUCUCAGUCUCCUCGUGAAUCAUGUCACGCCGGAAGCAGAAACGACCACAGCAGCUCGUUAACUCGGACCAGGGGGGCACGCGGAUACUAUCGCACGACUACCAGCUGUUAGCCAAGUCACCUUACUCGUCUCUGGGCUCCGAACUGACCUUCUCUGGGUCCUCAUCGUCGUCCCCCACCUCCCUCGAAGAUCACCAGCCUCCCCUGGCCCCUCUGUCGUCACCUGGGGGUCUCCACGGACCCUCCCUCCCCAGUGAGAGCUCUUCGCCCACCCACUGGUCCAGCCACAUCGCCCCCUAUACCACCACCUCCCUCCCCAACACCCAUUCAUCCCUCUCUCCAGACUUCCCUCACCCCUCCUUAUCCUCGCAGACGCAAUCCCUGCCUCUCAACCUCAAUCAGACAUCGGGCCACUGCCUCUCCCAUCAGGCCCACUCCCAUACCACUAUGACCUCACCACAGAUUGGCAGCUCUGCCACCACCACCACCACUACCUCCUCCUUGUCUUCCUCCCUCCCUCCCCUGCAGGAGAGCACCAGUCCUGGGCAUCAGAAUGGCUCCAGCCCACCGGGGCUAGGCCAGGUCCAGGUGCCCCUGACCCUGUCUGUGCUCCUGGAGGAGCUGAGGGUGCUGCAGCAGAGGCAAAUCCACCAGAUGCAGAUGACUGAGGAGAUCUGUAGGCAUGUUCUCCAGCUAGGAGGUGCCAUCUAUACCCAAGACACCUCCCAGGCUGGUAGUGGAGAGAACCACCAAAGAUCCACAGCAGGAUCCCCCUCCCCAACACACCAUUCCUAUUCAGCCCCUGUCCCAUCCUCGGCCUCCCCUCUCCUGGCCUGCCUCCCCUCCCUCCUCCCUCAGCCCAUUGUCUCCAAGCCCAGCCUCUCCUCUCACAGUAAUGGGACCAGAGCAUCACACUCUACCUCGCCCUCCACCACUUGGAGCUCCUCGAUAGCAUCCUCCGUGCAUCCUCUGUCCCUGAGUCUGCCCCCGCGCUACCUCCAUGAGAAAUCCUCCAACACCUCCCCGUUCGGCCACAGUAACGGGGUUGGCUUCCCCACCCCGCCCCUCCCCACCACCAGCCACUCCCAAGACCACCUGCUGCUGUCCAGCUCCUCCUCGGCUGGGUCCUCAUCUGCAGUGCGUCCACAGCAUGCUUGUAAGUUUUGUGGUAAGGUCCUGAGCAGUGAUUCCUCACUACAAAUCCACCUACGCUCCCACACAGGGGAGAGGCCCUAUAUUUGUCCCGUCUGCCUCAGCCGUUUCACCACCCGCGGGAACCUCAAGGCCCACUUCCUGCGCCACCGUGAACAGAACCCGGAACUGUCGCUCUCGCUGCUCCCUCCGGCUCUGGAGCAGCCCGCCCCCGUCGCCACCACCACAGGCCAGAGACGCAGGAAGCGCCGGGCGGAAGACGAGGAGCCGCCGUUCGGUGGCGUGAAAGGAAUGACAGAAGGAAUGGCGCUCAGUUUCCUGUCCGGGGCGUCUCCUCGGCCUUCCCCUUCAUCUAUGCCUAUGCCACCCAGUAUGGACAUGGCUCUGUUGUCCACGGCUCACUCCCUGCUACAGCUGAACAGGGCCUCCGCUGCAGCAGCCAGCGCCUCAAGUAGUGUGUUACCUUCAUCAUCAUCCUCAUCCUCCAUGGGUGGCCAGUUCAAAGGGGUGAAGCAGCAGAGGUUUGAUGAGAACACCCCUCCACACUCCACCAUCCAUCCAGGCUCUCCCUACUCCCAGAUGGCCCACUUCCCCAAGAUUCUCUUCCCUGGAGGACCCUCACCCCACCACCUUGCCCUCCUCUGUCCCCCAGGGUCCCAUACCACUACCUCUCAUCUCACCUCCCCCCACACCCAGCUCCCCUACCCUCCCUACUCCAAACCCCAGACGUCCUCGUCCUCCACAACCUCCUUCACCCAAACCUCCGACACCUCAAAGUUGCAGCGGCUGGUCAUGAAACUGGAGAAGCAGCACCAGGGAGGGGGCCAGUCGUCCUCCUUUGGCCCAGCAGACAGCUUUUUCUCAAACAGGGACACCCACGACCUGACCACAAACUCCUACCGCAGGGAGAUGAUGGCAGCCCUGGGCCUCAACCCCAACCCUGGGGCCACGGUGAGCAGCAACAGCCAGGCACAGGAUCUCCCUGGAUCCACCAAUCCUGCCCUGUCUCCUAAUCAGUGUGGGGUGUGCCUGAGGGUGCUCUCCUGCCCCAGGGCCCUGAGUCUCCACCAGGCCACCCACCUGGGUGAACGCCCCUUCCCCUGUAAGCUGUGUGGACGCUCCUUCUCCACUAAGGGAAGCCUGAGGGCCCACCUCGCCACCCACCGCGCCCGCCCGGCCAACUCCCGCACCCAGAACUCCUGCCCACUGUGCCCGCGCAAGUUCACCAACGCCCUGGUGCUGCAGCAACACAUCCGUAUGCACCUGGGGGGUCAGAUACCCCCGGGGGGAGAGGGGGAGGAAGGUACAAAUAUGGCUCAAGAAGAUCCCACCGAUCUGAGCCUGCUGACCACACACUCUCGAUCCAAACCCUGCCUCCAAGGCCUCCACCCCCUGGCCUUAACAAUGACCAGCAUCAUCCCUAACCCACUGGUCAGCAACAUGAACUCAGGAGGUUCAGCGACCAAGGAAUCCCAUGAAGCUGACCCGAUCCUCCAUAUAGAGGGGGAGUCUGAACCCUCCCCCUCCACGGCCAGCAUUAGCCCACCUCUGACCCAUAAUCCCUCCCCAGAAGACCCCAUGCUCCCGGGGGAAAGAUCUGAGUCUGACGACGGCCCCGCUGGAGCCUCCAUAGAAGACUCGCAAGACUCCCCAGCUGACCUCUCUAACACCAGCCAAAGUAGGCGACCAUCCUUGACCAGCUCCCAGCCUGCCUCUGUGGUGGAGGGUGAUGUAGAGGUGAAGGAAAAUGUCCACAGACCAGGUGUGGAUACUGAUAGUAGUAGGUCAGGAAGGCUCACUAACAGCUCUAGGCUGACCACAGAGAAUCAGACCAACUCUCCAGAUGGACUCCUCCUCAGCCUUGAAUCUGAAUCCACCCCAAACUCCCCUGCCACCCUCAACCCCUCCCCCACGCUCACCCUCCCUGCCAGCCAUAAAGCAACCCAAGAGCCAGCCCCCCAGGCCUCCAGUAUCACCCCACAGGAGCCCAGCCCUGAAGGGGAAAUGGCCCCAUCUGAAGGGGAGAGCGAGGGCACAGCACCCAGUGAUACCUCAUCAGUAAUGGUGCCGGAGAGUGAGAAAGUGACCCCUAGCUCCACAGAGGAGAGCGAUAGGGCUCCAGAGGAACCAGAGGCCUCCCAGCUAGCCACCCCAGCAUCAGCGCCCUCCAAACCCUACUCCUGCACUCUGUGUGGGAAGGCAUACGCCAGCCGCAGUGGAUUAAAGGGACACAUGAAGACACACCCUGUGUUGACCAACGUCCCCGCUGAGACUUCUCCUCCCGCCACCCUGACCAAUGACACUGUGGAGGAUCAGAGUUCUCUCUCAGCCAAUGGGAACAGUGGAGAGCAGGAUGAAAAGGAAGGGCUGGCCAAAUCUCCUGAGAAACUCGUUACCUUAGAAGAUCAGCCAAUCACUGCUGGUUCUGGGGAGGAAGCAGAGCAACCUGCGGACACUACUGAAGAAUUUGGCAGACCGCAGACCACGUAUAACCAUGCCAACCCAGGACCUCCACAUCUGUCUUAUUCACCUGAGGGAUUGUCUGAGACCAGCCAUCCGGGCAGCUGAUUAAACAGGAGUAUUUCUGUCUGUAACAAAGCCCUUUUGUGGGGGGAAAAGAAAUUCAAAUUUGCUGGGCCUGGCUCCCAAGUGGGUGGGCCUAUGCCCCGUCAUGUGAAAUCCAUAGAUUAGGGCCUAAUUUAUUUCAAUUGACUGAUUUCCUUAUAUGAACUGUAACUCAGUAACAUUGUUGGAUGUGGUGUUUAUAUUUUUGUUCAAUAUAUAUAUAUAUGAACUGUGGUUGCUAUGUGUAUGUUUAUUUACAUUUUUCUUUUACAGACUUUUCACUUUUUAAACUGUCUUGCUGCUGGACUGUUUCAAUGGAGUUGCACUGACUUUGAACAUUGCUGUCCAUACAUCCAUUGAAAUAGUGAUGAUGAAAAUGCAGAUGAUACUGACGAUGAUUGUUACACUGACCAGUCUGUAUAUACAAUGUAUGUUGGCAAUCCUGGUUCGUGCUGUUCUGAUUGACCAUUCAGCAGCAACUUUUAGACCUGAACAACAAUGCGUUAUAUCGGUGAUUGUAAUCGGUUUAUCCAUAAUUGAUUGGAUGUCUCUGCACAGGAACGUAAUUGAAGUAACCUGGAAUUCAAACAGAUGGUGCUAUGCUUCACUGUUGUGAAGUUUGGGUACCAGGCUAGAAUAAACCAACUGAACCUCCCAAGGACCAGAAUGAAUUAUGUCUGAUAGAUUUACAUCAUCCCUCCAUGUCUUUUCUCUCUCUACCUCUAACCUCUCUUUUUCUCCCUCGCUCUCCUCCUCUACCAUCUCUCUCCUCCACUUCCCUUUCUCUCCUCCUCUACCAUCUCUCUCCUCCACUUCCCUUUCUCUCCUCCUCUACCAUCUCUCUCCUCCACUUCCCUUUCUCUCCUCCUCUACCAUCUCUCUCCUCCACUUCCCUUUCUCUCCUCCUCUACCAUCUCUCUCCUCCACUUCCCUUUCUCUCCUCCUCUACCAUCUCUCUCCUCCACUUCCCUUUCUCUCCUCCU